AUGGCGGUGCCGCCCGAGCUGAUCGAGCUGCCCGAGGAUGCCCUGCGCGCCCUCUCCCAGUCGGAGAUCGUCGAUCUCCAAGUCGUCGGCUUCCUGACGGACGGCGGCCUCGACUCGGGUUCGGAGCCAGGUGGUGGUGCCGUCUCUUCCGUCCCUGCCGUCAAGGAGAAGGAGGUUGAGAUGUUUCGCCUGCCAGAGGGGAACCCGUCCUGGGCGGGGAACGCCUUUGAGCCGGACGAACGAUGCUACUCAUCCGACGUCGCGCCCGACCAGGGCGCGGCGGCCAACGUCCUACUCAUCGGUCGCGUCGCCUGCGGCGUGUCGGCGGAGCUCGCCGUUGCUCGUGCAGCGACGGCGGCGCGGCGUGCGUUCCUGCUAGCGCGCAUGUCGAGCAUCCCCGGGCUGCUGCCCCAGAGUGAGGACUUCGGUGGGGUCGCCUCGAUGGAUGCCGCCACUGUCGACAAUUGCUUCAUGCAGCUCCUCGGCCACCCCAACGGCGUCGAGCUGCUGCUCCUCGACCUCGACGGCGCGGAGCGCGCCGCCGCCUCGCGACAGCUUCGGCAGUACGCCGAGAGCACGCCAGACUGGAAUGACGGCCUUCGCGAGGACCUCAUCGCUACGCGCCAGCAGGGCUCCGUGCUCGUGGUCGACCGUGCGACGUGGCAAGCGGCCCAAGCCGACAACCCCUUGGACGGCGGCGCAUCACGUGACAGCCCCGAGUCCCUAGGCAUGGCGGUGGCGCCCACCGAGGUCGCGCUCGCAAGCAGCACGACGCUCGACGACCCGCUCCUGUGCAGCCUUCGCCGGCCCUGGAGCACCCUCGCGGUCGUCACCAGGCACUGCUUGCGCCGCGCUCUGCACUGCUCCUGCCCGGCGCAAGUUGGCUUCGUCCUCGGCUGCCGCGCGCGACUCCGCCCUUCGGCGCUGUACUCGGAGCGGAUGCUUGCUCUCAAUGACUGCCUCUCGUUGGACGUCUUCCCCGAGUCAGCGCAGGAGGCGGCCGCCGCUGGCUCGAGUCUGCCCGUGAUCCGCGACGUGAUCACGACCGACGAGGCUGUCAUCUGUGAGUUUGAGCGGAAUAUCAACGACACCGAGGGGGGGGCGUUUCCGAUUAUCUGGUUCCGCUUCACUUCCACGCUCGCCGCGGCGGCCGCCAGGAAGGCGGCGACGCCCGGAUGGCGCGAGCAAGGCGCCUUUGAGUACCGACUGCAGCAGCCGCGGUGCACCAGCUUCCUGCUCGUCAAGAUCGUGGCCCCCGAGAACCGAAUGGAGGCGAUGGGCGACGAACACAUGCAGCCCAACAUCGACCUGCAGUAG